CAACAUAGUAGUACAAUGCAGGACGAUUCCAAGAAAAAAUAUGGAACGCCUGGAAAACGUAUUAUAAAUCCAAAGAAUCUUAUAGAAUUACUCGAUGAUAAGAAAGAAGAGAAUAGGAAUAAAGCAGCAUAUAUAAUUCAAAAAACUUGGAAAAAAUGGCUGGAUAUGGGUGUAUUUGAAUAUUAUAAAGAGCUUAUAGGCUUUAAGCAAUAUGGGGAGCCUUCCCAACUUAUGAAGUACAUUGAGCCUAGAGAGGCAGAAUUUUUAGAUGCUGCAGCAGGAGUUCAUAUUAAAUUCAGAUUAGGUGGGGACAAGUUUCCUCCCAGCAUAUAUUAUAAAAUAUUUACUCAUAGACCUAUUGUGGAUUUGUGCGCAAAUAGUCCCAAAGACUACGCGAAGAUUGUAACCAAACCAAAUCUAAGGAAGAUGGAGAAAGGGAGCGUUAAUGAAAGUACUAGUGAUUGGUAUAAACGUAUCGAGAAUAAUGGAUGGAGACUUCUUUCCAUUAGAUAUUGGAAGGGUGUGGAUCCUUUAACAACGAAAGACAAUACCAAAAUACAGGAAUUCCACCAUUCUCCUCAGCAGAGGAAACGGAACAUGGUAAAAAAAAGAAAGGAAAGAAAAAUUGCGUGGCUGAAAAAAUGUGAGUACUUUGGAGAAAAUCUGCAAGUUAAAACAGAGAAACCUGAGGCAAUUGCUUUAAUUCAGAGAGCAACAGAAGGGUUAAUCGAGUCCAUGGAGAAGGAAGGAAUAGAUCAAGUGAUGGAAUGGGAAGUAGAUGAGAUGUUAAAGUGGACAAAUGCAUUGAAUUAUGACGAAUAUGUUAAACUAUGGAAAGAAGUUGGAACAAGCAAGUCUUCAGAAGGUUUUCACGCUUUCCAGUUUAAUCAACAACACUAUAACGUUUCUGAAUUGAUACCAAAGAAAAUCGAAGAAAUAAUGCAAUCUCACAUAAUGUAGACUAAAAGAGAUGCUUAUUAUCAACUCACAUUAAUAGGUGCAGAAGAAAAAAAAAAUAUAUCUGACAACUGAACAUUCAUCAGUCACAACAGUAUCAAUAAUCAAAUAGAAACCCGGUAUAAAAAGUUGGAAUCUAUGCAUUUGUCAAGUUAAUGUACCAUAACAUAUUAACAUAAAAUGUAAUGAAUGUAAAGAAAUUUGAAAUUAAAGUUAUUUAGUUUCCUAUUUUGUGAUAAAUGACACGUCUGUUGUAAUACACACAAUUAAUUCUCCAAGGUUUAUUUUUAAUCAUUUUUUUUAAUUCUGAUGAACUUAAGGUAUUACAUAUAAGUGAGCAAAGAUAUGGAAACAACACUGGUAGUGAUAACAGAAGAAGGUCCCUGUUGAAGUUUGGCAUCAAUCUAUUAAACAACCUGAACGACCAUGUGUUUCUGUGUUUAGCCAUUACCAAAGCAAUUAUACUGUAGUUGGAAUGUUAGUUAAAAGGUAAGGGGCUCCCAAAGUGAAUGAACUUUUUCUCAUUCAGAGAGGAAAGGGAUUGAGUUUAAAGGAGGCACUGAUUGACAUUAGAAGUAGAUAGAGUGCAUAUAAAAACUUAUGGACUACUGUGUGGUAAAAAGUCUUGUUCUAGCCUGAGUUUAUUUCUUGAUCAUAUCCUGACUAGGCAACCUUCUGUAGCAUAAAAUUCCUAUGGAUUCUCAGAAAAUGUACUGUUUUGUACAUAUGUAUGAAUUUAUGUAUUCUGCAUGUUUGUGUUUGCCUUACAAUUGAGACAAUUCCCCACACAACCGUGAAAGUUAUAAAGAUAUUGCUCUGCAUAAAAAUGUCUUUCUGUCUGUCUAUCUAUCUGCUACCUAGCUACCAGUGCUGGGAUACGACCGAUAUGCCCCGGUACGGGUGUACCGGUUCCUGCUGGGAGCACCAGGUACCGUUCCGGUAUGGUGCUCCGGAGGGUCCACCCGCUCGCCCACCCGCGCUCCUUACCUGUAUUUGAGCAAAAAAUCAGUAGCAGGAAAUUUUGAGCAUUCAAGGCUGUCUCUACUGAAAUAUUAGCUUUCCCACCCUGUCAGCUACAAUAUGAAUAUGAAUUCACCACAUACCAAUUUAAAGGCAAACAGACAAAAUUAUUCCAUUCUUUUUAUAGCUCACUAUGGCUUUAUGCACAAAUGAAUAUGCAAGAGAAAUGCAUGUUCAAAAGAAUUUGGCUUUAUUGUAUAUUUUAAAAGGCACUUUUUAGGACCUCUGCAUUUUCAACCAUAUCAAUACACAAACAGCAAAGCAAAUAAAAAAAUACUUCCACAUGAAUAGUUUCUCAAGAAAAAAAGCAUGUGCUUAUAACAGUGUUUACAAUAUAUUUUAAGUUUCUUCAGGAACUUCCUCCAGGUUCCAAAGUGCACAUACAAAUUACAACAAAAAAGAUUAGCUUAUUACUGAACUAAAUUGAAUCAAUAAUGAAAUGUAAAAUAAGUCUUUUCCAUGAUAUAGAACAAGAUUACUGUACUAUUUGGAUAUAGGAAUUUCUUGCUAGUAUAAACUAAAACUGUUACUGGAAUUAUUCUGUUUGUAAGAAAUCUAUAUUCACAUUCACGUGUAAAAAAAGGGGGGGGUAAUUCUCCCCUCCCCUAUUAUUAUAGCAUAAAGUAGGAUAGAUUAUGCCACUUUGUCAAGCCAAAGAACUACACUCUUUAGUAAUAAUGAAAAGUAGUGCGCUAGGUAGCACUAUGCAAUUAUUUCUGAUUGUACGUGUUAUUGUGAAUUCCUACUUUUUUUGAAAUGUCUUCAGAACCACAUACAUUAUAUAUAUUGUAUAAACCGUAUUUUUUGGA